GUGAUUAUACGAUGUUGUUGUAGUGAAAGUGUUGUGACGUAAACAUUAGAUCAGACGUUAUGGCGGACUUUAUGCGCAUAGGGAAGUGCCGUACCGUAGAUAUAGUUUUUCUAGUUGUAUUUGUUGUAUCCUUCCUGGCGCUGAGAACAAAAUGCCAACAAACUGUUCUCCACCCGGUCUCCUUCAGACGGACUAUGGAUGAAACGAGUCUUCAGAACCGAUAUCCGCAUUGGAACCAAUAUUCCAUGUCUCGCAUGAGAUCACCAGAAGGCAGUAAUUUCUUCCAAAACAAUCCAUAUAGUCAAGCAUUUUACAAUAGACAAUUUAUAUCCCCACAACAACCACAAUACUACGACAGCAUAUCACCAAUAGAUCUGGUUCCAGCAGCUUCUAUACAGAACCCAAACGAUGGAAGACUUCUAUCUGAUUCAGCUUUUACAAAAAUCUCUGAAACUCUCGGUGCAAUCAAUACAGUUGGCCAUUAUCUAGUUGACAUGGUAAACGAUAAUGAUAGGAGAGAUGGAGACCCAAAUCUGCAACAACUACCUCAAGCAUUGUACACAAUUAGCAAAAAUGUAUUGGGCAGAAAUGUUACCGAUAAAAUAGCGCCUAUUGUAAAGAAAGCACUACCCAAAGUACUUCCCGACGCACCCAUUAGUAAGAUAGCUACUCCUAACUUAAAUGAAAAUGAUUCUAAGUCCUGUACUACACCUGAAGGAGAAGAUGGCGUAUGUGAGGAUUUGAGCAACUGUCCACAACUUUUACUUAAUCUUAUAAAUCUUAGAGAAUCAUUGUGUUUUAAAGAGCUUUUCGUUCCUGGAGUAUGCUGUCCAAGGGAUGCAGUAGUGCCGUCGACUUCAGCAGUAGAAAAACCAGUUGUGGCAUCAACCAGCAAGCCAACUUACUUGGUACCAGUGACCACUCAGAGAACCACUACAACACAGAGAUCCACAACUCAACGUCCUGUAACAACAACGACUAAGAAAGUUACAACAAGCAAACCAUCAGCUGUGUUAGUCCUAACUACAAAACGGCCGAAACCGAUAACUACUUCAAAGCCAGUUACAAAACCAACGGUGACGUCAUCCCGCCCACCAUCGACUACGUCUUUUUAUACAGUUACACCACCUAUAAUCGCAAAUUAUUCGAAUAUUGUGGAUGCCAACGAAUGCGGCCAGCGAGAAGAUGAAGGAGGUCGCAUUGUAGGAGGUACAGAAUCAAAGCCCGGUGCCUGGCCUUGGAUGGCGGCUAUAUACUUGCACGGAAACAAGAGACGAGAGUUCUGGUGUGGAGGUACCUUGGUUGGAAAACGGCAUGUGCUUACAGCUGCACAUUGUACUAGAGACUCUAAGCAAAGACCCUUCCCACCUCGGCAAUUCACAGUGCGCCUCGGAGACGUGGAUUUGUCACGUGAGGAUGAACCGUCCCGCCCUGUCACUCUACGCGUUACCGCCGUUCGUGCCCAUGAACAAUUCUCUAGAGUUGGAUUUUAUAAUGAUAUCGCUAUUUUAGUGCUAGCAGAAAAUGUUCAAAAGUCAAAAUACGUAAUCCCGAUAUGCCUUCCUCAUGGAGAACUAUCAAGACAGCAGUUUGAUGGUGCUGUAGCCACCGUGGUCGGGUGGGGAACCACUCGAUAUGGUGGUGGAGAGAGUUCCAAACAGCUAGAAGCCAAAUUACCUGUUUGGAGGAAUGAGGAGUGUGAUAAGGCAUAUUUUCAACCAAUUACUGAUACGUUUCUUUGCGCUGGUUAUGCCAGAGGAGGUGUUGACGCUUGCCAGGGUGAUUCUGGAGGGCCAUUAAUGUUGCAAGCUAAUGGUCGGUGGACUCAAAUUGGUGUGGUUUCGUUUGGAAACAAGUGUGGAGAGCCCGGAUACCCGGGUGUCUACACACGUGUAACACAUUAUCUCACUUGGCUACAGCAAAAUAUAACAUAACUUAUAUUUAGUUUUUACCAUUAUUAACUUAUUGUACAAUAGGACUAAAAGGUGUAUUUUAACGGAAGCGAGAAAAGUGUGAAUAUGAGCUUAAUAAAUAUAUAAAAAUAAGUGUACACACGUAAGAAGUGAAACUUAUC